CAGAAGAGGGCAGUAAUGCAACCCGGAGGAUCCCAACUCCUGCAAAAGCUCAAAGAAGAAGAAGAAGAAGACGAAGAAAAGUUUAGGGAAGAGCUGGAGGGAGGGGACUCCGGAGUGAAACGUAGUAAUCCGGCAGCGAGCAUGACCGACGACGAGGCGCAGAGCGCUCCACCAUCGGCACCUGUGGGAGACAAGCCACAGCCUGAGAGGAAAGUCAUAGCCACCUUGGUUCAAGGCACAGUGAAAUGGUUCAAUGUGCGGAACGGAUAUGGCUUCAUAAACAGGAAUGAUACCAAAGAAGAUGUGUUUGUUCAUCAGACGGCUAUCAAGAAGAACAAUCCUAGGAAAUUCCUCCGCAGUGUGGGUGACGGGGAGGUUGUAGAGUUUGACGUUAUUGAAGCAGCCAAAGGCUCAGAAGCAGCCAAUGUAACCGGUCCAGGCGGCGUUCCAGUCAAAGGCAGCCGCUACGCACCCAACAAACGCCGCUUCCGUCGAAGGUUCUUCCCCCGCAGCCCUCGGCCUGGAGAUCAGGUUAAACCAGCCAGCGACCAAGGCCCCUCUGUCGAGGGCGAGGGAUCAGGGGAGGACGGUGGAACGAGACCUCAGCAGCGCCGCCGUAGGCCUCGCAGACCGAGGCAGGAGGCACAAGAUGGUGAGGCUGAAGAGACAAAGAACGGAUCAGAAGAGGGUGGCCAAACGCAGCGACCGCCACAGCGAAGAUUCUGGCGCCCAUACCGAAGACCGUUCCGUCCUCGCCCACCUCCCGAUCAGACAGCAGACGGCCAGCAGGCUGCUCCCGUAGAGAGCCAGCAGCAAGGUGAGGUGAAGCAGACGGAGGCCUCUAAGGGCCCCCAGACCAACGGAGAAGUAGCCAAGGGCCAGAAACAACGGCCCCAGUCUAGACGCCGUAGGCAAAGGAACUCGGAGUCCUCUACCUCGAAAAACGAUACAGAAAAGUCUGCAUCAGAGCCUGGUACCCCCCCUCAGACUUCAAAACCAGUCGACCUUAAACCCACAUCAAAAUCACCAAAAGCCUCUCCCAAAACUUCGCCUAAAACACCAAAAUCACCUGAGGAAACGGCUGCCACGACAGUCGCAGCACCAACAGAGUGACGCUAGUGAGAAGACAGUCACACGACCCAUGGCAAGAGGUCCUAGGGUUGGAGGACUGGACCUAUUUUCA